AUGCCAGAAGCCCCCCAGGCCCCUGUGAGGGGACCAAGCCCCCUGAAGGAGCUGCUGAGGGCAGAGGGGGCCGGGCUGCACCCCACUAUCUGUGGGGAGUGUGGGAAAGGCUUCAGCCCGAGCUCGGACCUGGUGCGGCACCGCACCACCCACACUGGGGAGCGACCACUCACCUGCAGCGCCUGCGGGAAGGGCUUCAGACAGAAUUCCAACCUGGGCACUCACCAGCGCAUCCACACCGGGGAGAAGCCAUUCGGCUGCCAGGACUGCGGGAAGCGCUUUGGGGAGAGCUCGGCGCUGGUGCAGCACCGGCGGACGCACAGCGGGGAGCGGCCAUACAGAUGUGGGGAAUGCGGGAAGAGCUUCAGUGUCAGCUCCAACCUGCGGCGACACCACCGUACCCACGGCCGAGAGCGGCCCCACCUGUGCCCCGAGUGCGGGGACACUUUCUGGAACCCUGGCCAGCUCCGGAGGCACCGCAGGGAGCACAUGGUGUGAGGG